AGCCUCUCCGAGCGCCCGAAGCAGCGGGAGCUUUCAGUCUCUGCGGAGCGGAGUCGAGGUGGGACGUGCGCACCCGGCUCCGGCCCUGGACGAUGCGGCGCGCCCAGAAUGCUGCCGCGCCUGCUAGUGCCUCUGGCUGCGCUCCUCAGCCUGCGCCUCGGCGUGGGCACGUACGGCUCGGAACUACCCAAGCCUCCCAUGGCGUGGUUUAAAGCAGAAUUCUUCCACCACGUCCUCUGCUGGCACCCCAUCUCAAAUCAGUCCAAAAGCACCUACUAUGAGGUGGAACUCCAAUGGUAUGGAAGAGAGCCAUGGAAGUCGCUGCCCCACUGUAGCCAGGCCCCGGCACUGUGCUGUGAUGUCACCAAGGUCACCCUAGACCUGUACCAUACCAAUGGUUACCGGGCCAAAGUCCGGGCAGUGGAUGGCCACCGAUACUCCAAUUGGACCUUGGCCAACACCCGCUUGUCUCUGGAUGAAGUGACUCUGAAGGUUGACAGUGUGAAGCUAGAGAUGCAUGAGGGCUUCAUCUUCGGAAAGAUCCAGCUCCCCAGGCCCCAGGUGGCCCCUGAAGGUGUCACGUAUGAAAGCAUCUUCAGUCACUUCCGCCAGUACGAGAUCGCCAUUCGCAAGGUGCCAGAAAGCUUUAAGUUCUCCAGCGAGAAGGUAAACCAUGAAAACUUCAGCCUCCCAAUCCCUGGAGAGGUGGGAAAGUUCUGUGUCCAAGUGAAGCCAUCUAUCAGCUCCCGAGCCAACAAGGGGAUCUGGUCAGAGGAGCAGUGCAUCGUCCUCACCAAGCAGUAUUUCACUGUGACCAACCUUAGUCUCUUCUUCGCCCUCUUCCUGCUGCUCUGUGGAGUCCUGGCUUACUGUCUGGUCCUCCAGCUAUAUGUGCGGCGCCGGAAGAAACUGCCCACUGUCCUGGUCUUCAAGAAACCCAGCCCCUUUGUCCUCGUCAGCAAGCUGCCCUACCCAGAGAUGCAGGACACCAUCCACCCGCUCGACAUAGACUCCUUCCAGAAGGUGUCCCUAGAGCUGAGGAUCUCAGACCUGCACAGCAGCAUGGACAGUGGCUUCAGCAGUACCAAGCCAUCCCUGCAGUUGGAGGAGCCCCAGUUCCUCCCUGUCCCCAGCCUACAGGCCUGUGGGGCUCUGGGAAAGGGGGAGUCCCCAGAUCUGCAGGUCGGCUGCAAUGAUAGUGGCAGCGGCAGCAGCAGUAGCAGCACGGACAGCGGGAUCUGCCUGCAGGAGCCCGGCCUAAACCCUGGCUCGGAGCCCCCUUGGGAGAAGAAGGUGGGGAGCACAAGCCAAGGCCAGGAUGACAGUGGGAUUAGCCUUAUCCAAAACUCUGAGGGGCAACCUGGGAGCACACAGGGCAGCUCAACCUUGGGCCACAUGACUCUCCCAGGUCCUGAGGUCCCUGAAGAAGAAGACCCAGCCACAGUGGCCUUCCAGGGCUACCUGAAACAGACCAGAUGCACUGAAGAGAAGACAACUGUAGCACCUUGCCUGGAGGAAGAGACCCCUUUGACAGAUGACCUUUGCCCUCAGUUCAGGACAUGCCUGGAUCCUGAGGCAGGCUGGCCUUCUCCAACUCUGGCCAAGGGCUAUUUGAAGCAGGAUCCCCCAGGAAUAACUCUGGCUCCCUCAGGCGUCCCACCAGGACGGAACCAGUGGAACCAGUUGACUGAGGAGUGGCCACUCCUGGGUUUGACUACUUGUGGUAACCUGGGACCAUCUGACUGGAAUCCUGCCCAUGAUCUGGCCCCUCAGGACUGUGUGGUAGCCCCAGGAGGCCUCUUGGGCAGCUUUGACUCAGACCUAGUUACCCAGCCUCUGAUCUCCAGCCUGUACUCAAGUGAGUGACUCAUGCGAAGGGGCUGUUGUCUUAUUUGAGCCAUGCCUGCUCAACUGUUGGGAGCAGGAGGAAGAGCCCAGGGGUCAGAAGAGGAUGCAGGCCAGUCUGUAAGCCCCCGGGGUCAGUUGUAGUCUGUCCCCCAGGGCAGGUGUAGGCCAUCUUGAUGGAGUGGUGCAGGUGGCACAGAUGGUGCUGACCUGUUUAGCUGGGUGGGCCCUGCAGACCUUAGCAAAGCCAAGAAGGGCAGGCAGAGACCUCCUUCCUUGUUGGGCUUUUUUCUAUCCCAUAAACGAGUCGAUGCUCAAGGAACCACAGGGUUUUCUUGAGACAAGAAAGGUCAGUCAGGUAUCAGGGCCGCUGGCGGGUUGGAGUACUGUGAGAGGGAGCUUGCCCCAUCCCUUGCUGCAAGGUUGCAGGGGGUCAUUUCUAGGAGAAGCAGGAGCAGAGCCCAGUUUGAUCAGAGGGGUGGUAAGUCACAUGGAGAUGUUCCUCCACUGGCAGUCUUCUCAGGCAGAGAACCUGUCAUUGGAAGUGCUUAAGGUGUGUCUGUCCUGGCCAGGCAGUCGGACAGUUACUACGUCACUAUGGCACCAAGGAGGGACAAAGGGACUGAGACCUAGGACAGACUUUGCAGACUCCGGCCUAAAAGGAAGUAGACUCUGGAACCCAUCUGCCCAGAGCCAGCUUCCUUCUCGUGCCGGGGGCUGACAUCUAGGAGGAGUCCUUGGCAUUGUGCCUGGACAACUGCCAGUCACUGGGCCCCGGCGGGCUGAUGUGGGCCCUGCUUUCCCUUAAGAAUCUGUCUUCAAACAAAGUCAGUUUACAGUCCCCAGCCAAGGAUUCUAGGAGGGGCGGCCUUUGGAUGCCCUCCAGGGCUAUCUCUCAACUCUGCAUUUCUCUGUAGCAUUCGGAACAUGGGCUUUCUGGCCCUGAAAAUUCUGCCGUGGCGCUCUACCAACAAGCUCAUAGGUGCCCGUCUGAUAACUCCUUCUGGCAGCAGGCCUAGAGGAAGGUUGCUCAGGGUUCCCUUAAAAACUUUAUUUAUUUAUUUUGCUCAUUUAUUUAUUGAAGAAGCAGCACAGUCAGGGAAGGAAUUCUUGGUCUUUCAGGGGCCCUGGAGUUCUAGUUUUGCAUUCACUGUCUCUAGUUUUGUGAUGUUGUGCAAGUCACUACUCUUGAGCCAGUUUCCUUGUCUGCAAAACGGGAAAAGAUGCUUGGUUUGUCGAACUCAGAGGGACGCGAAGUGCCACUGAGAAGAUGGAUGUGACUGUGAUGGAGCACAGAUCUCUGUGAGUGAGUGGUGUAUGGUGUUUUUAAAAAAUGUAUUCCAAUAAAUUGUUGGGACCAGUGAGGAGCCUGUGAAACCACAGAUUUCUGAUGAAACAGUGGCUGGUGGAGGACUUGGUUGCUGAUAAUCGGAUGAUAGUGAAAAGGGUGCGUCAUGUUGCCUUAAGGAAACAGGAACGAGGAUUCAGGCUCAGAUCAGACAGAACCAGCUCCAGAAUCCUGUGUGAACAUAGUUGCCUGUGACUGGAAAAACUUCUCAACCUCCCAAGUUUCUGAUUCCCCACCGAUAAUGCAGAGAUGAUAACUCCUCCCAGGGAUGUUGUGACAGUAAGUGAGAUGGCAUAUAAAAGAAUGUAACACAGUGCCACGCAUGCGGUGUUCCAUGUGUAAAUAGCUGUUAACACUGUAAAGGGAAAUACAGUUUUUCUUGAAACGGACAAAAAUGAAAGCGAUAAGGGGUUUGCAGAAAACUAAAAAGGAAACAGUGGAAAGUACACCGCAGUGUUUUGGAUCUGACCUCUGACAACUGGAAAGGAGAUUCUGUGAGGCCUGCCCUUCCAGGAAGUGGGCAGAUCAGACCUCCCUGCAGCCAUAUCUGCUUGCCUCCCCCUGGAGGUGUGUCCUGGGCGGUUCUCAUAAGUGCGGAAGCCAUCUGCGCACUGUUCAGCCUGCUGCUUCCACGAAAAGCCACAUGUGGGUUUGAAUCUCUCCCGAAGCUCAGCCCAGCAGAAGGAACUAACCUAGGGCUUCUGGUGUGCUACACUUUCCCUCAGCCUGGAUCCCCGGGCAAGUGACUGGGGACACCUCAUCUCUUUCCCCUAUGUCAUCUCCAACACACCUCUCCCCUUUCACUCUGAGAAAGUAAGCAGUUCUGGAGAGGCAUCGAUGCUGACUGUCCAGAGAACUUGGCUAAUGGCCAUCUUGGACCUGCCUAUUCCUAACUGGGGGCUCCUUGUUGGGACUGGAAAGACAUGCAGGGUGGUUCCUUUCUCCUGGAAACAAGGUGUUACAUUGGCUUCUCCUCUGUGGAAAAGUCUGCUGGGGCAGGUGGGAUGAAACCUGACCAAGGGGUGGAUAAAGGUACAGAUAAUAAGAGAAGUUACCCUCUGAGAAGGAACUGGAACCAAUUUGGUGGAAAGAGACAGCGUUUGGAGCAGCCUGCAGGACAGAGGUGCAGCGGGUGGUGCAGGCCAGCCUUUUUCUUGUGCUGGAAUGAGUGGGAGUCUCCUGGCUCCUCGGCCUGACCUUGAAGCUGCUCUCUGAGCACAGGUCAAGGCCUGGGCUGUGGGAGUUCUUCCAGGCAGCAGGGCUGAUGAGACACUUUCAGUCUUCUCCGGAAUUCAAAUUAAAGUCCCCAGCAAAAGGCACCAGUAGUUCAUUAGCUGAGCAACCUCCUUCGAGGGCUUUUCCAGGCUGAGGGAGUAUGUGAUUCUGUGUGUAUGAGCUAAUGGAACUUCCUCUUAGUAAAGAGAGGGGAAAUGGUGGAAGAGGAAAUUCUGUUGAAUUGUGUUUUCUUGAAUUUGUAAAUAGCAGUAGUCAAGGGACUGCCUCAUCCUCCCAAAAUACCUCUAAACCCCGUCACCAUGCACACAUCAUCACAGAGACCACCUGAGACAGCGGGCUGGUGACCAGGAGAGGCAGGUCAAGGCAAUUAGGGUUGCUUUUAUCAAACCCCAGCCUAAAGGACCUGAGAUACUAGACUCAUCAAGUCAGAAAACUUGACUCAUUUAUUUCCUGUAAUGCUCGAAGGGUUGAAGGGUUUUUUUUUUUUUUUUAAAGCACACUCAUAAUUUAAAAUUCAAUGCAUUGUUAUUAAAGACCUGCAGCACCUUU